AUGGUCGGCGACGAGGGCACGCGCCGCCCCGCGUCGUCGCUCGAGCGCUUCAGGCAGAAGCGCGCGUCCUCGUCAUCGGGCGGCGGCGGCGGCGGCGGCGCGUCGCACGGCGGCACCUCACCGGCCGGCGGGAUCUCGAACGAGAACGAGUCCCCUCGCCAGCCCCGCGCCACCCCCUCAUCUCGGCCGAGCACGGGGGACAAGCUCGCGGCGCUCAAGGCGCGACGUUCCGCCGCCAGGCCCGCGUCCGGUCGACGCGUCGCCGAAGAUGCGACGACCGCGCCGGGAAUCGAACCCGGGACGACGGAACGAACCGGACGCCCCUCGGUCGCCGUGCCCCAUACCGAGUCUCGCAUCUACCUGAACCUCGACGACGCAUCCCCGAAGAACGCGCUCGCGAUGUCGAACGAGUGGCGAGAGUUCGACCCGCGCGGCAGCUUUGGACGCCCGCCAACCGCCGCGUCGAACCCGGGACGACAACGCGCGGCGGACGACGACGACGACACACUUGACGACGACACCGGCGGACCGGACCCGGCAUCAGUCGCCGGAAGAAAAGAACCGCCCAAAAACGACGACGAAGCCGGACGAACCCCGGCGGCCUCCCUCCUCAAAAACGCCACCCGCCAACCGCGCACGCACGCGCACCCGACCACCCCAACGUCGACGGUCCUCCAAACCCCGCCGCCGCCGCCGCCCGCGCCGGGAAUCGAACCGAGGACGACGGAAUCGGCCCGAGCCCGACGCACCGCUGGCGCGGCGCGGUCGCCGGGUGACUCGCCGCCUGUGAGCGUUUCCCACUAUUCGGAACCCGCCGUCGUCGCGUUGCACGCCGGGGACGAGCCGGACUUGCGACUCGCCGAUGCCUGCCUCGCCAUCGAAGAGUCCACCGACGGCGGCGGCGUCCGGGUGACGCUCAACAGGCCGAGGACGACGCUCAAGAAGGCGUACGAGCUGUCGACUGUCGUUUCAAAUUCGAACGAGUGUUUUCACAAAACCGGGUUCGCGGACGCGACGCGCGCCGCGGUGCUCGACGGCGUGUCGUGCGCGCUGAUCACCACGGGCAUCCACGGCUCGGGGAAAUCGGCGCUCGUUCGGGGGGGUGCCGAGGGGGGUGCCGACCGUCUCGGGGUGUGCGGCGAAUUGGCUUCGGCGGUUUUCGACGCCGUCGACGAAGUCAAAGCUACGCACCCCGGAGACGUUAUAACCGUUACAAUAACGGCCGUCGCGGACGUCAUCACCGCGCCGGUGGCGCCCGGGGUACCAGUGGCGAGGAGAAAGACGCACGAGGUGCUCGUGGACGCGCUCGCGGCUGGAAUCGAACUCAACACGAGCGCCCAUCGUCCACACACCGCCGCCGACGAAAAUCCGCAAAGAAUUAACAUCACGGAGGAGGAGGACGACGACUCCGUGCGCGGCGGGAGGGGCGGGGGCGCGGGCGCCGUCUCGGCCAUCUUCCACGGCGUUUCGUCCUCCGUCGGCGUCAACGUUCGCGAGCACCCCACCCGAGGCUUCUACGCCGAAGGGUGCGUCGAGUUACUCGCGGAGGACAAAGAGGAUUGCGCUCGUCUCUGUUCGCUCGCUCUGGACGGUUUUCGCG